UGUGUGCAAAUUUAAAGUCACAGGCACGCACUUGUCCUCGUAAAAUAACAAAUGUCAACAAAACUAUAAACUCAAAUUAAACAUUCAUAUCCAACUACCGUAUCGUAGUACUCUGAUAUGAGAUUAUUAACACUCUAACAGACGCAUCAAAUCGAUCAUGUCUAGGAAUUGCUUGAAGCUCCUCUUUCUCUUUGUCCUCAGUUUGGCAACAACUAAGGCACAGGGUCCAACUUUUCUUUACCAGGAUUGCUCAAGCAACGGAACCACAGCCAACAGCACCUUCCAAUUAAACCUCAGGACCCUCUUCUCUUCACUCUCUUCCAACGCCACCGCCAACAACGAAUUCCACAACACCACAGUCGCAGGAACAAACCCCUCCGACACACUCUAUGGACUUUUCAUGUGCAGAGGUGACGUCUCAUUUCAGCAGUGUGGACAGUGCGUCGAAAACGCCACACAGAAACUAUCAUCAGACACCAAGUGCUCCCUGUCCAAACACGCCGUCAUCUGGUACGACGAGUGCAUGGUUCGCUAUUCCAACCGCUCCUUUUUCUCCACCGUAGACACAACUCCUACUGUUGGCCUUUCAAACACCGCCAAUAUCUCAAACCAAGCAAGCUUCAUGCGUUUGAUGUUCGACACCAUGAACCAAACAGCAGAUGAAGCAGCCACUUCUCCUAUUGGUGCCAAGAAAUACGCCACCAAUCAAGCAAACAUAUCAGGUUUUCAGACCCUUUAUUGUUUGGUUCAGUGCACGCAGGACUUGUCACCACAAGAUUGCAGAAGUUGUCUUAGUGUUGCCAUAGGGCAACUUUCAUGGUGCUGUGAAGGGAAACAGGGAGGGAGAAUUCUAAAUCCUAGCUGUAAUGUUAGGUAUGAUUUGUACCCUUUUUAUCGCACAAACACCACUCCACCAUCAGCCUCUCUUCCUCCAACUCCAACCACUUCUUCCAACUCCGGAGAAAGUGGUGGGAUCUCAUCGGGGACAAUUGUUGCAAUUGUGGUUCCAAUUACUGUGGUUGUGUUGCUAUUUAUUGCUGGCAUUUGGCUCUUAAGUAAAAGAGCAGCAAAGAAGCAUGACUCUGCGCAAGACCCAAAAACUGGAACUGAGAUCAGUGCAGUGGAAUCCUUGAGAUUUGAUUUCAGUACAAUUGAAGCAGCCACAAAUAAAUUCUCUGAUGCUAACAAGCUAGGUCAAGGUGGAUUUGGUGACGUUUACAAGGGCUUGCUCCCAAGUGGACAAGAAGUAGCUGUCAAGAGACUCUCUAAAAACUCUGGACAAGGUGGAGUGGAAUUUAAGAAUGAAGUAGAGGUGGUUGCAAAGCUUCAACACAGAAAUUUGGUGAGGCUUCUAGGAUUUUGCUUGGAAGGAGAAGAAAAGAUACUUAUUUACGAAUUUGUAGCCAACAAAAGCCUUGACUAUAUUCUUUUUGAUCAUGAAAAGCAAAGAUCAUUGGAUUGGACAAGGCGUUACAAAAUUAUUGGAGGAAUUGCUCGAGGCAUUCAAUAUCUUCAUGAAGAUUCUAGGCUUAAAAUUAUACAUCGUGAUCUUAAAACUAGCAAUGUUUUGUUGGAUGGAGAUAUGAAUCCAAAAAUCUCAGAUUUUGGCAUGGCAAGAAUAUUUGGAGUAGAUCAAACUCAAGCAAAUACCAAUAGGAUUGUAGGGACAUAUGGUUACAUGUCUCCUGAGUAUGCAAUGCAUGGAGAAUAUUCAGUUAAGUCUGAUGUAUACAGUUUUGGGGUCCUCAUUUUUGAGAUUAUAAGUGGCAAGAAGAACAACUCUUUUUAUGAAACAGACGUUGCUGAGGAUCUAUUGAGCUAUGCUUGGAAACUGUGGAAGGAUGAAGCACCCUUUGAGUUGAUGGACCACUCAUUAAGAGAAUCAUAUACUCCAAAUGAAGUUAUCAGAUGUAUCCAUAUUGGUUUACUCUGUGUCCAAGAAGAUCCAGCAGAUAGACCUACAAUGGCAUCAGUGGUUCUUAUGCUUGAUAGUUACUCAGUCACUCUACCGGUACCUAAUCAGCCUGCAUUCUUUGUAAAUAGUAAAACUGAACCAAACAUGCCAAAGGCGAUUAAAAUUGACCAGUCUACUACCAAUUCAGCAACAAAGUCUGUCAAUGAGAUGUCGGUUAGUGAAUUAGAUCCUCGAUAAGUAUGAAAAUGUUACGAUGUUUUAAAGAAAAAGCGUAUCCGUAGAAAAAAGAAAAAAGCCUUUUUGUGAGUCGUGGCUUCUUAUGACAGAAGUACAUACUCGACCUUGUAACAUGUUGUGAUUGUUUAUUUUUCAACGUGGAAAAAAUAUAUGCGGGUCGUUUAGUCCGUUUUGUAUUUAUUGCGUGUGGCACCAGAGUCUUCACUUGAUUGUUUUCUGUCCACGAAAUGUAAACUUAUUCAAGUUUAAUGAAGAUUGGCGGUAUAAGUUGGCAAUAAA